AUGUCCCCCAUUCUCGUUUCCGAUGUUGUCUCUGCGCUUGCUUCCAUGAAGGAAUCUUUCCCUGGACCGGAUGGUCUCCACCUUAACACCUUGCUGGAUCGUGCUGCUUUGAAACCACAGCAGAAGUUGAACUUCCUCAAGAAAUUCCUGCUUCUGCGUUUGCACCAUCGUCUCGUUUUCGAUCACCAUCAUAGGGCUGAACUAGUCAAAGGGGACAAGACGAUUCGAAGGGCGGUUCGUAGGUGGCUUCGGCUGCCUGCCGACUGUCCCAACUCCGCCAUCCAUGCACCAGCAAAAUACGGUGGUUUGGGGGUAGCCUCCCUUGAACAACUUGUUUUUGCGCUUAAAGCCAAACGCCCUCGUCUUUUUACCGAAGGGCACACAGAAGAUGCUCCCCUUGCAUCUAUUCCAUCAGGUCUGGUCGAAGACCUGCUUAAUAGAUUGGACACCAGGAGCUUAAAAGGGUAUGAUCAUGUUCCGGCCGUUAACAGCUGGCUGGACCAUGCCCCCACCACCCUUGCCGGCUUUGAGUUCCAGGAUGCCAUCAGAGUCUGUCUAGGCUGUAUGGGCACUCCAGCCCGGUUUUCCCGGGGUGGCAGAAUUGUCGAUCCCUUAUGCAAAUGUGGGCGCAAUGCUCCAAUGAGCCUGCCCCACGUAGCCCAAGCCUGUGGUCUCCGGCAGAAAAGACACGAUAACAUAGUGCUCUUCGUGGCACAAUCGAUGAAAAAGCGUAAUUUGGAUGUCAUUAUGGAGCCUCGUUUUAAUACCGAAAGAGGCCUGUGUAAGCCUGACCUCAUGGUCCGCACGGAUAGGGGCCUAAUAUUCCUGGACGUGCAGGUCCGUCCUGACUGUCAUAUGUAG